AAGCUUUUCUUUUUGGAGAUAUUUACGAUUCCCAACCGCGAGUGAAACGUUUCCCUGUUUUUAUCGUGGAAAUGAAUGCAACAUGCUUCUGGGGCUUUUUUCAGCACGAUCUUUCGCUGAGCGCCCGCGCGUUAAUGCUGUGCUGUUUGUAUCCAAAAGACGUGUUCACACACGGGCAUGGUCAUUUUGACACAUUUCAUGUAGACAGGGCUAAUUAAAUUCUGAAGGACCUCCACUUUUCAUCGCAGUCACACAGUCGCGUCUCUGGUGCAGUUUCUUUGGAAACAGUUGCUUUUAGUCUCCGAGCUGUCCAAAGGAUCGGUAGGUGGCAGCUCUCCGUCCAGCGUUUCCAUGCAACAGCGCGGGCGGCUGUGAGGAAUAGAUGAUGCGGCAGAGGGCCAUGUUUCUGUAGAUUUGGUAGGGUAUCUGUGGAACCCUGAGCGCCUUCAUAUUUACGAUGGACCGUCAGAGGAAGCGGGCGGAUAGCUUGGACCAAAAUGAUAGCGCAUUGGAGCUCGAUUCUAGCCCCCUAUCAUCUUGUGAGCACUCAGGCAGCCUGCAGCAGACGCAUCCUACAAUUAUGAGUGCUGAUUAUGAGCCGGUCUGUAGUGAGGAGAAGAACCUGGACGUGGAUUUUGUCACCAGGGCAAAGAACAAUGAGUCUAUACCAAUGAAGGAUCUAUGCUCAGACAAAGUGCUUGGCCUGUACUUCUCUGAUGGGAAGCGACGUGUGGACUAUGUUCUGACUUACCAUAUCCAAAAGUCUGGCAGCACACGAAGACAGUCAUCGAAGUUUGGGGAUAACAGCUUCAUACGACGACUUCGGCGCAGCCUGAGCAAGAGAAGCAGCCGAGCUCCGCUACAACCAAAAGAAGACCCAGAGGUUGCCGCACAGGAGCAUCAGACUGACUAUCAUGAGGAUGACAAGCGCUUUAAACGGGAUGAGUUUGAGGAAAACCUCCAGAAGACAGGGCUAGAACUGGAAAAGGAUGAAGGGAGUACUAUCCCUGGAGUUGGCUUCUUAAAGAUCCAUGCUCCUUGGAAUGUUUUGUGUCGAGAGGCUGAAUUCAUGAAACUCAAAAUGCCAACAAAGAAGGUUUAUGAAGUGAAACAAGGCAGCAGUGUGGUGGAGAAGAUCAGGAUGUUCAUUCACAAAGUUACAGCUCCUCUCCACCCUAAAGUCGAUACCAGCCGAGCACAGUGUCAGAAACCCCUCUCUCACCCCUUCUCCAGAGAAAAACAGCACCUAUUUGAUCUCUCUGACAAGAACAAGUUCUUUGACAGCAAGACUCGGAGCUCCAUAGUCUAUGAGGUACUGAAGAGGACAAAAUGCAUCAAACCCAAAUAUCCCUUGGGGCUCACCAGUCUGCUAGCCAAUGGUGUGUACACAUCUGCUUAUCCUCUCCAUGAUGGAGACAUUGAAGGGGUGAGUGCAGAACCUAAUGACAGGAAGCUCCUGUACGAACAGUGGGCAAGCUACAGUGUCUUCUACAAGUACCAGCCCAUUGGACUUAUCAGGAAAUAUUUUGGGGAAAAGAUUGGACUGUAUUUUGCCUGGUUGGGAGUCUACACACAGAUGCUGAUCCCUGCUGCCAUCAUUGGAGUAAUUGUAUUUCUCUAUGGCUGUGCUACUGUCGAUGAUAACAUACCUAGCAUGGAAAUUUGUGAUCCCAGAAACAAUAUUACCAUGUGUCCACUAUGCGACCAAGCCUGCAGCUACUGGAAGCUGGUAACAGCAUGUGGCACAGCCCAAGCCAGCCAUCUGUUUGACAAUGCAGCCACUGUGUUCUUCUCUGUCUUCAUGGCUCUAUGGGCUGUUCUCUUUAUGGAGCACUGGAAGAGGCGGCAGAUGAGACUCAACUAUGUCUGGGACCUCACAGGGUUUGGAGAGGAGGAGGAGGGGGAACACAAGGACCACAAUCGAGCUGAGUACGAGUUCCGGGUCAUGCAAAAGAAAGUGAAACUGGAACAUUCGGACUUGAUGGAUGAAAAGGUGAAGCUGACAUGUACAGAUAGGCUGCCUGCUUACAUGACUACUGUGGUCAUGAUGGGUUUUAUGAUAAUUGUGACGUUUGUUAUAGUCUUUGGAGUCAUCCUGUACCGGAUUAGCAUUAGGGCAGCGCUGCACAUGAGCAGCCACCCUGUAGUUCGGUAUAAUAUCCGAGCCACAGUCAAAACCACUGCUGCCAUCAUCAACCUCAUCAUCAUCAUCAUCUUGGAUGAAAUCUAUGGAGCCAUUGCCCGCUGGCUCACUAGACUGGAGGUUCCAAAGACGGACAAGAGCUUUGAGGAACGCCUCAUCUUCAAGACUUUUAUCUUGAAGUUCGUCAAUGCCUUCACACCCAUUGUCUACUUGGCCUUUUUCAGGGGCAGGCUUGUUGGGAGGCCUGGAAACUACUUGUAUGUUGUUGGGUCUUACAGGAUGGAAGAGUGUGCCCAUGCAGGUUGCCUCAUGGAGCUGUGCAUUCAGUUGUGCAUCACUAUGCUAGGCAAACAGCUCAUCCAGAACAACUUGUUUGAGAUUGGCUUACCGAAGCUGAAAAAAAUGCUCCGCAAGAGGAAGUCAGAAAUGGUUUCCAUUCAGGAGCCAGUGCUGCAUAAACCUCUGAAACGCUAUGAGAAGGACCAGCUCCUGGGUCCAUUUGUUGGCCUCAAUCCAGAGUACAUGGAAAUGAUAAUCCAGUUUGGGAUGGUGACUCUGUUCGUGGCCUCCUUCCCUCUGGCGCCGCUCUUUGCUCUUCUGAAUAACAUAAUUGAAAUUCGUCUGGAUGCUAAGAAGUUUGUUACCGAGCUUCGCAGGCCUAUUGCAGCUAAAGCCAAAGACAUUGGGAUCUGGUACAACCUCUUGAGGGGCCUCAGCAAGGUAGCGGUCAUUGUCAACGCCUUUGUCAUCGCUUUCACCUCUGACUUCAUCCCUCGGCUUGUCUACCAAUACAUGUACAGUCCUGACGGCACCUUGCAUGGCUUUGUCAACCACACUCUGUCAUACUUCAAUGUCACUGACUUCGAUCCAGGCACAGAACCUCUGCAGCCAAUGCACCUGGGCUACAAGGUAUCAGUAUGCAGAUACAAGGACUACAGAGAUCCUCCCUGGUCCAGUACGAAAUAUGAACUUUCCAAGGAAUUCUGGGCCAUUCUAGCAGCUCGCCUCGCCUUCGUUAUUGUUUUUCAGAAUGUGGUGAUGCUUAUGAGUGACUUUGUGGACUGGCUUAUCCCAGACAUUCCUAAGGACAUCAGCCUCCAGAUCCACAAGGAGAAGAUCCUAAUGGUGGAGCUCUUUAUGAAAGAGGAGCAGGGGAAAAGGUUUGCAGCAAGAGACAACCAAGACAACUGCACAGUUCCUCUGUCAGCUAAUCAGAGGCCACCACAGCCACGCUCACGCCCUGUUUCACAGGCAAACUGCUCCUAACCUGUUGGUUGGUGGGAAAAGAAUCACAAAUGGCAAUAAGCAAAACAAAUUCUUACUGAGCUGUUAGAGCGGUCUGGUUAAGGUACAAGCUAACUGUGUAAAGUCCACAUUAACAGUCAGUUUUGUAAUAUCAGUAAAGGUUUUGCUGCACUUGCAUGUGACAUUUUCCAUCUUAGACCACUAACCAUAAAUCCUCAACUUAUUUUACCAACUUCUUCUUUAUUGGAUGUAAACAAGGAAAGACAAAGCCAUUCAGCCUUCAGCCUCUCUCUUUAACCCAUUCUCUACUCAGCAAAUGGAACCUGUCGGCUUUACAGAGCCCAGAAGAAGUGAUUCAAACUCUAAAACAAUUUACAGCAUUUCAGGUGCCAUUUUAUUUAUUUGAAGAUUUUGCCAAAGAAAAACAUUUUCCACUACAGCCGCUCACACUUUGCAAUUCAAGCUAUUAUUUUGCAUAGCUAGCUAUCAACUAUGAGUAAGUCAAUGUCUUGGUGCAUUUUCUUAAUUACUAGUGUAGAGUUUGUGUGCUAAUAAGGGAAAUGAAAUAUAGUAGUAAGUGUUUGCGGUGUGCGUGUUAUUGUGUUUUUAAAAUGUGGAGUGUCAACGAGACAAGAACUUUGCAUUUUUUUAAGUUGUUGAUGUCUCUGAAAAGUAGGACCAGUGUAUCACAUAAAGUCACCACAGGAACAGGUUCGAACCCGGUCAAAGCGUUACGAAGUUGUCUGCCUUAAAUCACUCAACUCCUCAACAGAUUUCCAGCAUGAGAUGAUCAUCUUUCUGUCGACAAUGAUCAUUCACCAUUUUUCAUAUAUUUGUAUUUAAAAACAUUACCUUGCAACAAUUUUUAAAGCUGCAAUUCCAGCUUUUUAAGCACAAAGCAUGAAUAACGUUGUCUUUUAUAUUUAUUCAAUGAAUUAGUUUCAUGAAUCCGUAGGUGACCAGGGAUCUACUAACUUUAGCAACUUUCUAAAAAUGUAUUAUUGUUGUCCCAAUUUGAAUUCAUAGUUUUUUAAACAAGAAACUAUAACUAUUCUUAUCACUAACGGUGUAACUUCUUUCUGAGCUGUGACAAAAACUGCACAUUUUAAUUUACCAAAUAAUUUUCCCAUUAGUAAUCUCUGGCUUAGUUGGUUAGUAGUCAUAGUCAUUAAUAGAGCACAUGUACGGGGUAGUAGUGCCUUUGUUAGCUUCAUUUCUUUCCAUCACAGCCUUUUAUAACUUUGUAAAACCUGAUGUCGUACAUGAACACCCUCUUUGGAUUGCCCUGAUGAGAUCAUAUUCUCCUGUUUUCAACACUAAUGAAACAACAAAUGUAACAUCCUAGUAUUUAAACUAAUGUGUGUCAGUGCACAUUCAUGGCUGUCUUUGAUAACUUGUCUGUUUAUUAUUUAUAUUUACUGCAAAAUAAAGGGUGAAUGUCCUCAA